AUGGCAGUCUUUCCGAACUCCUGCCUCCUGGGGUGUCUGCUCAUUUUCAUUGCCCUCCAGCUGCCCAAGCUGGAUUCUGCUCCCUUUGACGUGAUCGGACCCCCGGAGCCCAUCCUGGCGAUGUUGGGUGAAGAUGCAGAGCUGCCCUGUCGCCUCUCCCCCAACGUGAGCGCCGAGGGCAUGGAGCUGCGCUGGUUCCGGGAGAAGGUCUCGCCUGCAGUGUUUGUGAGCCGAGAAGGCCGAGAGCAGGAGGGAGAGGAGAUGGCUGAAUACCGGGGAAGAGUGUCGCUGGUGGAGGACCACAUCGCCGAGGGCAGCGUCGCUGUGAGGAUACAGGAGGUCAAAACCUCUGAUGAUGGGGAGUACCGAUGCUUUUUCAGGCAGGACGAAAACUACGAAGAGGCCAUCGUGCAUCUGAAGGUGGCUGCUCUGGGCUCUGAUCCUCACAUCAGUAUGAAAGUUCAAGAGAGUGGAGAGAUCCUGCUGGAGUGUGCCUCAGUGGGAUGGCACCCAGAGCCCCAAGUACAGUGGCGAACUCACAAGGGAGAAGAGUUUCCAUCCAUGUCAGAGUCCAGGACUCCUGAUGAAGAAGGUUUGUUUACUGUGAGAGCUUCAGUGAUCAUCAGGGACACCUCUAUGAAGAAUGUGUCCUGCUGUAUCCGGAACCUCCUUCUUGGCCAGGAGAAAGAAGUAGAGAUUUCCAUACCAGCAUCCUUCUUCCCAAGGCUGACUCCCUGGAUGGUGGCUGUGGCUGUCAUCUUGGUGGUCCUAGGACUCCUCACAAUUGGGUCCAUAUUUUUCACUUGGAGACUAUACAAGGAAAGAUCCAGACAGAGGAGGAAUGAAUUCAGUUCUAAAGAGAAACUCCUGGAAGAGCUCAAAUGGAAAAAGGCUACAUUGCAUGCAGUGGAUGUGACUCUGGAUCCAGACACCGCCCAUCCCCACCUCUUUCUGUAUGAAGAUUCAAAAUCUGUCCGACUGGAAGAUUCACGUCAGAAACUUCCUGAGAAACCAGAAAGAUUUGACUCCUGGCCCUGUGUGAUGGGUCGUGAGGCCUUCACCUCGGGGAGACAUUACUGGGAGGUGGAGGUGGGAGACAGGACGGACUGGGCAAUUGGGGUGUGUAGGGAGAAUGUGAUGAAGAAAGGAUUUGACCCUAUGACUCCCGAGAAUGGGUUCUGGGCUGUGGAGCUGUAUGGAAAUGGGUACUGGGCUCUCACCCCACUGCGGACCCCUCUCCCACUGGCUGGACCCCCCCGCCGGGUUGGGGUCUUCCUUGACUAUGAAUCAGGAGACAUCUUCUUCUACAACAUGACUGAUGGAUCCCACAUCUAUACUUUCUCCAAGGCCUCUUUUUCUGGCCCCCUCCGGCCCUUCUUCUGCUUGUGGUCCUGUGGUAAAAAGCCCCUGACUAUCUGCCCAAUCACUGAUGGGCUUGAGGGAGUCAUGGUAGUUGCUGAUGCCAAGGACAUUUCAAAGGAGAUCCCACUGUCCCCCAUGGGGGAGGACUCUGCCUCCGGGGAUAUAGAAACCCUCCAUUCUAAACUAAUCCCUCUCCAGCCCAGCCAAGGGGUACCUUAA